GAGUGAACACGGCAAGUGUUGCGAGGAACCGAAACUCCAUGCUUCCAGGUGAUGCAAGGACCUGAGGCAGUUUGAAGAAACAAGAACCCUCAGGAGAUGCAACACGGCCGAGAAGUCCAAUCUGACCCGAUUGCCCGAGACUCGGGCGGCCCGGCCGGUCUCCGGGGCAUCGGGUCGGGUAUUUGUCAUCGGGAUCGUCGCGUUCCCGCCCCGUCUCCAGUUUUUCCCUGUCCAAGAUAUCACGCUCCGUUUGGCGACGUGGGGAAUAGCAAGCAAACAACCCAGUCAGCAGCACACAAACUAUAUGCCUUUUACUGUCGAAGCUGUUUGAUCUCUUGACCCCAUUCCCGAUGAAGACGUCUUCUGAGCUGCCCUGGACCGGGUCGGAAGCACGGGAUCCCGGCACCGACCGGCGUCCUCAACAACGCCCUCGAGUUACAAAGGCGGCUGUAUACUUGGUACUGUCGCUGUUGCUAGUUAUGUUCUUUGUCCGACUCGAUAACCGUUCGCGAUGCCUUGGUCCCAAACCUCGCCCAGAGAAACCCAAGACUAUCGAGGAGCGUGUGAAGCAUAUCUUGACUCGAAAUCCCUUGAUUGACGGACAUAACGAUCUGGCCAUCCUAAUCAGGGCAUUAUACAAAAAUCACAUUUACAAUGUGACUUUCAGCAAACCCUUUGCCGAAGGCGGCCUUCUCGGCCACGUCGACAUCCCUCGCCUCAAAGCCGGUAUGAAUGGCGGCGCCUUCUGGAGCGUAUUCUGGCCCUGCCCCGAGAACGGCACAGAUUACUCAGACGGGAAUUAUCACUCCACCGUCCUGCAAACCCUCCAACAAAUCGACCUUGUCUCGCGACUCCGCCAAGCCUACCCCUCCGUCUUCUCUCCGCCAACCCUCACCAGCGACGAUGCCCUCCACCACUUCCGCCGCAACCGGCUCAUCUCCCCGCUUGGAAUCGAGGGCCUCCACCAGAUUGGCAACUCAGCCGCCGUGCUCAGGCAGUUCCAUGCCGUCGGCGUGCGCUACGCGACGCUGACGCACAACUGCGGCAACCGCUUUGCCGACGCCGCGCUGUGGGAGCGCCCGCUCCGCAAGGCGCCCCCCGUCUGGGGAGGCGUCAGUCCGCAGGGCAGGAGACUAGUGAGGGAGAUGAACAGGCUGGGCAUGAUUGUCGAUCUGGCGCAUACCAGCGUCGACACCAUGCUGGAUGUGCUGGGCGCCGGGAAGAAGGAAGCGGGCGGUGAGCAGUGGGAGGGGAGCAAGGCGCCGGUGAUUUUCAGCCAUUCGAGCGCUUAUGCGGUGUGUCCGCACCCGCGGAAUGUGCCAGAUGAGGUGCUGGACCUUGUCCGGGAGAAGAGGGGGUUGGUCAUGGUGAAUUUCAACCCGGAGUUUGUGUCGUGUUUGGCGGCGCCCGACAGGGAGGACGGGUUGCCCGACUUUUAUCCGAAGAAUGCCACGCUGCAGCAGGUGGUGCGGCAUGUUGUCUACAUCGGGGAGAGGAUUGGGUAUGAGCAUGUUGGAUUGGGCAGUGAUUUUGACGGGAUUGAGCGGACGCCCAAGGGACUGGAGGAUGUGUCCAAGUUUCCGGACCUGGUGGCCGAGCUGCUCAAGCAGGGUGUGAGAGAUGGGGAUGCGGCUAAGGUGGCCGGAGGGAACUUACUCAGGGUGUGGCGGGAGGUGGACGCUGUUGCUGAGGAGAUGCAGAAGGCCGGGGAGCCGGUGCUAGAAGAUGAGCUGCCUGGGCUGUUUCCGGCCCAGACUAGGAUCACAGGGAAAGAGCUCUGA